AUGUCCAUCCAAUCCCAGAUCAAAAAAGCCCCUGAGCUCAAGUUGCCAAAAAGCGACAAUACCUGCCAGGUCUCCAUCAUUGACAGUACUUGCGAUAUUGUCGUUUACCCCUCGACUUUGAUCGAACCGCACAUCCCCGGACACGAGUGGCUCAAUCUCCCGACCUAUGCCUUCUAUAUCAAGAAUGAGAAGACUGGCAAGCAAGUCCUGUUCGAUCUCGGCAGUCGAAGGGAUUGGCAGAAUCUGGUUCCUCAUGUUCAAGAGAUCGUCAAUCUCCGCAUCCCAGGGCUAAAAGUCGAGAACGAAGUCAUUGACAUCGUGAAAGACGGAGGUGUGAAUCCAGAUGACAUCUCUGCGCUGAUCCUGAGCCACUGGCAUUACGACCAUAGUGGAAACCUCGCGAGGCUAAAUCCGAAGACAGACCUUGUCGUAGGGCCAGGGUUUAGAGAAGCUUUCUUGCCAGGCUAUCCGACGAAAAAGGAUUCGAACUUCUUUGAAGCUGACUUCAAAAACCGCAACGUCGUCGAGCCACCUUUUUCCGACGAUUUCAAGUUUGGUGGCUAUCAGGCUCACGACUAUUUCGGCGAUGGCAGUCUGUAUGUCCUUAACGUACCAGGCCAUACCACUGGCCACAUUUCGGCAUUGGUUCGCACAACUCCAGAAACCUUCGUGUUCUUGGGCGGUGAUGUCUGCCACUUUACGGGAGUGAUCAGGCCAUCCAAUUUCAUUCCAAUGCCAGAUCCAAUUCCAAGCUCGACAGUCUUGGACAAAAGACUUCCGGUACCAUGUCCUUGCUCGAUAUUCACAGACUGCCAUCCAGACCAGGAGAAUAGCCGGACAAAGGCGUUUUACCAGUGCUCUACAGGCGGGCCGUACGGCUCGUGGUACGACGAUCCGCCGACAGCGAUGCAAAGCAUUACCCAUCUAUUCGAUUUCGAUGCGGAUCCGAACGUGCUUGUCCUCAUUGCACAUGACAUGGCGCCGAAAGACUCCUUGACAUUCUUUCCUAAUGGCACCGUUAAUGAUUGGAAAUCAAAGGGCUAUAAAGAGGCAAUGCAUUGGUAUUUUGUCAACGAGCUGCCCGUUGACGGCAAAGCUGGCAGAGACACUUUGUGCGACGGCCUGUACAGAGACGAUGGGAAGGGAUUGAAGAAAGUGAAGACAUUGAAUGGCGACCCUGUCUGA